GAAGCUUGUACCGUACGAGUUGUACGUGAGUUAGUUCUUAAUUCAAAGUUAGCCAGUACUCGUUGUGCACUUUGUCACCAUGACUUUAAAAACUUCAGCACUGAAAGGUUUCGCCAGUAUUUUACUACUGCUAUGCCAAUUCGCAUUCAGCAAUGGCGUGGAAGUGAAAUGUCUAACGAAUGGUACCGAAAUUUGUGAGGUGCACGAACCAAUCAAUGGCAACGAUGAAUCGCUAACAGUGGUCACCACUCCAGAGCAGGAUCAGAGUACUAUCGUCGAACUUCAUUUGUCAAAACUAUCGGAAGUAAUUCCGAGCGUUCUUUUUCAACGUUUUCCCGACAUUAAAUUUGCUAGUUUCAAACCGGAUGUCAAAACGAUAUCACAAAUUGAUUUCCGAGAUGCAAAGAAUUUAUUCUAUUUGAAAUUGGACGGAAACCAUUUGAAAGUUGUUCCUAAAGAAGUCUUUGCCAGUGCUACGAAACUACAUACCGUUGACUUGAGUUCGAAUGCUAUAACUGACGUCGAAGAUUAUGCUUUUUCAAGAGCGACAGAUUUGAAUUGUGUUAUGUUGAGCAAAAAUAAUUUGACGAUAAUUCGAAAUUAUACAUUCGCUGGCGCACCUAAAUUAACCCGAAUUGAAUUGGAGGAAAAUCAGAUCGCAGUGGUGGAAGAAGGAGCUUUCGACAUUCCCAGUUUGGAGAUCCUUUUCUUCGAAUCGAAUCGCAUGAAACAGCUGCCUGAUAACAUUUUCAGAAACGCACCGAAUUUGGGAAUCACAUAUUUUGGUACGAACGGAAUGACUGAGAUCGGUCAAGCAUUUUACAAUUUGAAAAGUCUGAGAUCGGUCGGCUUUCGCCACAGCCAAUUGAAGGAUGUUGACCUUUAUGCUUUUGUGAAGUCAAACCCGAACCUGGAAAAUAUUUACUUGGAGGAAUCUGGAUUUCAGUUCCCAAAUAUUCCGAGGAAGGGGGAAGACUUCAAAAAUAAAUUAAGAACUCUGUUACUCACCAAUAACAGCAUUUCCAAUACCAAUGUUCUGGAGCAUCUAGAAGUAUUUAAAAAUCUAGAAUAUCUCGACAUUGCUUACAACAAUAUCAUUCAGAUUGAUGGAAUCGAGACGAUCAAACAGAAAUUUCCGAAAUUCGUUCAUCUGUUGUAUCCCGGAAAUCCAUUGAAAUGUUCUUGGGUCGAGUCGACACAAUUCGAUAGAAAUUUAUGGUUUGUUCCGGUAUAUCAUGAAUUCAACACAACUGGUUAUGAACAGGUUGAUGGAAUUUAUUGUAAAAAAUAGAUGAAAUAAAAAAAUUGAAU